AUGGCGCCAGCACCUGCUCCUCCCCCAAGAUUGAGGGGAAGAACUGGAACUGUGGUUUGUGCCUUCCUUAUUGCCUCUGAACUAUUUUUAACUGCAAAGGAAAGCCUGUGUUAUUUUGGAGAAAGGCGAACAGAUAAAACCAACAGCACUGAAUUUCAGGGAUUAGAAACUCCUUCUCAGAAUAGAUAUGUUGGAUAUUUUGCACAAGUGAAACAUAUCUACAACUGGAAUCUCCCUCCAAGAAGGAUACUUUUUAUAAAAGCAUUCAUUAUUUAUUCAAUUCAUGGUGAUGGAUAUGAUCUAAAAGUCAAAAUAGUAAUAGAGAAAAAGGUUGUCUUUUCCUGUACUUGUUUAAGAAAUUGUUAGGUAUUUCAUGACACUGAAAUAGAGCAAUAAUUGAUGUAUUCAACUAUCCGCCUCUGCAUGAUGAUGUAAAAGUGCAGUUUUUCUCUUUGGUGAGUAAUCAAGAAACAGCCUCUGCCAUUGUUCUUGUCUGGUCUUUUGAAUGAUUUUAUUUAAGAUUUGCUUUACUACAAUUCCCAAAAAGGGAGAUGAUAGAUGUCAUCCCACAGAGGGAGGGGGAGAAAAACAAUAAAUCAGAUUUAUAAUAAAUUUUUUUAAAAGAAUAUAUGUAAUUUGAAUAAUUUUUGUUCAUUUGUUUUUUCUAAAUUGUAAAUUUUCUAAAUUUGUCUAAAUUUACAUAUGUUAAUUAUCAAAUACAAAAAAUACAAAAUACACACACAAAAAGCCAAGAUGCUAAAAAAAAA